AUGAAAGUUGCCGCAUGGGUCGCUCUCCUCGCUUUUGUCUUCGUUGCCACAGAUCUGCAGGGUUGUGCGCCAGAGACCAUGGAUGACCUUGAGGCAACCACGAACUUUGCUUUUGUCUGGGCCGUGGUGGCCACCAGCAUUGCAGGCUUGAUAUGCAUGUGCGCAUGCUGUCUUGCUGCUGGUGGGGGGCCUGACACUGCGUGGGAGACUUCGACUCCGAUGUUUGUAUUUGCCAUUCUGUUCUUCUUGGCUUUGGCGAUGGGUCCUUGGUUUGCGUACGCUAACCACGCGCAGCAGCAGCAGAGCUUGCAAACGUGCCUCGAGCUUCUGGACAGCCGCGAAUACUGGUGGUCCAUUCACAGUAUCAGUUGCCCAGAUGGGUAUGUUGAGCGACAGGAUCUACCCCUUCGGACUAUCGCCUACGAGGGCGUAGAUUCUUGUUGCAUUUCCACCACCACGACCACCACAACCACCACGACCACAACCACCACGACCACGGCCGUGAGUGGCAUCCUCUCGUUCUGCGCGUGCGAUGCAUUUGGCAUGGACCCUGUGCAAUGCGAGAGCGGAGCGGGCCGCAGUUGCGGUGGCCUCGGUGAUCCAAACACAUGCCUAAGCUUGGGGAGAACGCUAUGCCAAGUUGGGCAUGGUUGCCAGACAACCGCAGGCUUUGGCGAAGAGGCACUUUGCAGCCAGUUCGAGUCAAAGGAAGACUGCGAGGUGCAGGCGGCGUGCUAUUUCCAAACCCCCAGCUGGGAAUGGCGUUCAGGAUGUCGAAGUGUCAAUGAAAACAGCACAGCGUCCAUGACUGCCUGUGUACCGAUGUCAACACAAGAACAAUGCAAUCAACAGAUUGUGUGUCAGUGGGGCAUUGUGGUUCAACCUCUUUCGUGUCAAAACCAGGGUGCGCGCAGAGGAUGUGUUGGCGCAGACAGGUGCCAAGGGUUCGCUACACAAGCGGAGUGUGAAGCUAAUUCAGACAUCUGUGGUUGGCAGGGGUUGUGCGCUUGUCCUGCGGAGUUCUUUGGUGACCAUUGUGAAAAGGAGCGAGUGCAAUUUCACGCGCACAAUGGUCUCUGCCUCCUGAGGGAAUCGAACACAGCUCUGUGCAAAGGGUUGGUGCUGGCAGCCAGUCUGAACGACCGUGAAUACUGCAACAGCGCGCAGGAUUGCACUACUUGGGACACAGUGAAGCGCAUGGUUGGCAUAAUGUGGGAAGCAGAGCUUGGUGACAUCAUCGUGGAUAGCAUUGCAGUGCUGUUUUGCCUUCUCGCUAUUCCCUUGAGGUGGCCAGAAGAUGGCCAAAGCAAAAGCAAACACGUGGGAAAGUACUUGUUCUUAGCCGGCUUAGUUUGCUUUGUCGCCGAUGUGGCCUUGGAAUCGGUGCUGGUUCACUUCGUCGGAGGAGCGGCUGACGUCGUUGCGGAGCUGGAGGGUGCUUUCUGUUUCUCCCGCGGCGAUGCUUCCAGAUCGUUGGUGCUGCUUGAGGAUUUGGCGGGCACCAUUGCGACGUUUGCCUGGGUGAACAUUGCCCUGGCGAUUGUCGGCGGAAGCUGUGACGUGAUACAAGCUUUCAUGGACACGAACCCUGGACUCAUAGCUGUUGUGCUCACGGUCGUUGCGGCAGUCUCGGAACUUGUUCUAGGUCUCAGCAACUUCUUCAUGAACACCAACGAGUUUGUCAGCAUUAUCAAAGAGAUCGAGCUGGCCACAUUGGGAUUAGCCGAGAUGGAGGAAGGGCAUGCCUGCUACAUGAGACACCCCCAACUGGACGAACUGCUUCCUGCUGAGGCUGUUGGAGUAGAGUGGAUCCAUCCUGGUCUCACCGUUGUCAUGCCUGCGGUCUUGGCUUUCAUGAGCUUUCUAUGCGCCAUAUGCAUUGCCUGCCUGCGUGCACCCUCCUGA